GUCACGCUUGCGGAAAUAACAUUGUACAAAAGUUGGUCAAUUCCGUUUUUGUUGUUCUCGAUCUACGCCUAUUCAGCUUGGAAAUCAUCAGCUACUAUCAAGUACUCCCUGAAACGUGCGGUUGAUGUGCAAUCAUGUCAGAGAACGGUUCCCAUCAGCACAACUCAAACAGCAACCAUCAAAGCAAUGACGUCAGCUUCAAGUUUACUCCGCAGAAGCUGGAUGCACCGCAGAGACGCGAGUCCGGUGAUAAUCAUAAGAUGAUAUCGAUUGUUUUCUUGAGUCUUCUUGUUGAUCUUCUUGCAUUUACUAUGAUUCUACCGUUGCUUCCGUCACUUCUAGAUUACUACGCACAACAUGAUAAGGGUGGAUUGCUGCCACAGUUACAGUCAAAGAUUGAUGGAUUUCGUAACUUGCUUGGUAUCCCAGACACGGAGAAAUACAACUCUGUUUUAUUUGGUGGUGUGAUUGGAUCGUUGUUUUCAUUCUUACAAUACAUUGCAAGUCCAGUUAUUGGAGCAGCGUCAGAUGUAUACGGACGGAGACCUCUCAUGCUACUUACAAUGACAGGUAUAGCACUCUCGUACUGCGUUUGGGCCGUCUCGCAUAACUUCACGUUAUUCGUCAUUGCGCGCAUCAUCGGUGGAAUAAGCAAAGGUAACGUCAGUCUCAGUACAACAAUCGUUACUGAUGUAUCCACGGCAACAACAAGAGGCAAGGGAAUGGCGCUGAUUGGUAUUGCCUUCUCUAUUGGCUUUAUCAUGGGACCCAUGAUCGGAGCCUACUUUGCAAUGUCCUCCGGUGGUAAGGGAGAAGCUCUAUACUUCAAACCGGCCUUGUUUGCAAUCACUCUGGCUGUUGCUGAUAUCAUCUUUAUCUUCUUCUUCUUCAAAGAGACAUUGCCAAGACAUAGAAGAGCAUUAUCAUUUGGCAGUAGCUUCAAGGAUGCUCAAGAUCUGAUCAACCCCAUAUCAUUAUUCCUCUUCUCAGCUGUCAAGAAUAUUAAACCAUCAGAUCAGAGGAUGCUUCGUCUUCUUGGAGUUUGUUACUUCUUUUAUCUCUUCUUAUUCUCCGGGCUAGAGUUUACUCUCACAUUCCUCGUUCACAGACGCUUCCAAUAUACAAGCAUGCAACAGGGUAAAAUGUUUGUGUUCAUCGGCGCAAUCAUGGCUCUUGUACAGGGUGGAUACCUGCGAAGAAUACGCCCAGGAAAAGAGAAAAGAGUUGCACUCAUGGGCAUGGUGGUGCUUAUGCCGUCUUUUCUCAUCAUUGGUUAUGCAACAUCUGUUGUGCCCUUCUACACUGGCCUCGCCCUCUUUUCAUUCGCUGCUGGUACCGUUGUGUCCUGUUUGACAACUAUAGUUUCUGUCUAUGGUUCAGCUGAUCAAAAAGGAACCAUUAUGGGUAUUUUUAGAUCCUUGGGAGCGUUGGCUCGAGCAUUGGGACCGAUCUUCGCAUCUAUGUGGUUCUGGAGUAUGGGGCCAGCCAUCUGCUACUUACUGGGCGGAGUUAUGCUAAUAUUCCCCCUCAUUGGAUUGAGUAUGGUGGUGCCACAAAAGGUGAUGGAAUCAUAAAGCAAUACAUAUGCAUGAUAUGUAAAUUUAUGAACACUAAAGAUUGCCCGUUCCAAUUGGGCAGGGCCCAGUUUCAUGGCUCUUCUUAUCGCACGCAAAGAAUCGGCUUACUGAAGCAGGGAAAUUCGUGCUUACGUCGAGCGUAUUUUACGGGUUAGCAGGGACUUUAUACAUUCUUCAUGUUACUAGGUAUUCUUCGCUCACACAAAAGUGCAGAAAUUUGACGCUUGCUCAGUUAGCAGUGAUCGUAAGUGCAGAACUCAGCGGUAAGCAGAGCCACGAAAUUGGACCGAGAUAAUUUUAUGUAUUGCUUGUAUGGGAUAAACUUUUGAAGGAUAUUACAAUUUUAUGCCUUAUUUGGUCACAAAUUUAUUUUUGGUGGUGGUCAACAUAGAUAAAUAUUUUUAAGGUUAGUAUAAAAAAUAACCCCUUUUUUAAGGCACUUGACAUGUUUGGUAAUUGUCAAUAACCAGUACUCGCACUUUGUGUAUCCCAACUUAUGCAUAAAAUGACUUCUGUGAAAAUCGGUGAAGAUUUGGGUGGAAAAAAACCUUUUGCACAAUUUUGUUUGAUUUCAGUUGCCUGAGAAAAGUUUCAGGCCUGAAGUCUUUCUAAGUGAGAAAAAGAAUAUUCUAAAAAGUUACUUUAGAGGGAGUCCUUUCUCGCAAUGUUUUAUACUACAAACAGUUCUCAAUUGCUUGUUACAAGUAAGUUUUUAUGCCAAUCGAUAUUUUGAGUAAUAACCAAACAUGUCCAGUGCCUUUUACAAAAGGAAUGGUUACCUUGGCUUUGUAAAAGAAAACUUGUAGCUAUAUAUUUUGCACCAAACUAUUAUGAUUCCAUUUUGACAUAGCAAUUAUUUUGUUCUAAGUGUAAAAUAAGGCAGCUAUUAAAGUCCAUUAGCCUGGGAAAUGUUCAUUUUAUGUAUUGUAAAAAGGUUAACAUGCCUGUAUGCUUGGGCACUAAGGCAUUUUCUCCUUAUGAGGAAAUCUUAAAUUUCUACCAUAGCAUUUCAAGGGCACAACGGCAAUGACCAGGAGCGUCAAUCUUCUCUGUUGCCUCCGGGAAGUUUCAGGUCGGAGUUAAAGACACUGGACACUAUUGUUAAUAGUCAAAGACCAGUCUCCUCACUUGUUGUAUAAUAUCUAGUAAAUAUAUGC